GGUCCCACUUCAAGCUCUGCCUCUGCCUUGUCAAUUGAUCUUCUGCACCCAGCAGCCACUGCUGUCUGACGCCCUCCACGGAGUUAAGUGAGGAAUUGAAGAUUGCUGAACACCGAAUGCCUGAUAUGAAUACAUGACAUCUUUUGAGAUGAGUCUGACAGCGGAUUCCCCGGCUCACUCGUCAAGCAGUGAUGAUUUUGCAGCCUUCUUAGACGCAGAGUUGGACACCGCUUCUGGUACAUCAUCAGAGCUGGAAGAGGAGAGAGAAGAGGAGAAGGAUGACGAAGAGCAAGAUGAAAAUAAUGAUCCAGGAGAAGAUGAUGACCCUAAGGACAAUUCAAAUUCUGCUAGGGUAAAAAGGCGCAAGGUAGGAAACUACAUCGGUUCAGGGGAUCCACAUGGAAGCUCAAAAUCUCGUGGAGAACGAGGAGUUGAAAUGGAAAUGUGUACACAUCCAGGUGUGAUAGGUGGAAUGUGUAUACGGUGUGGGCAACUAUAUGACAAUGAAUCUGGCGUGUCUUUUGGCUACAUUCAUAGGAAUUUAAGGCUUGCUUCUGAUGAGGUUGCUAGACUACGUGAAAAAGACUUGAAGAACCUGCUGCAGCGAAAAAAACUUUACUUGGUUCUUGAUCUAGAUCACACACUGCUAAAUUCUACUAGGCUCUUUGACAUUUCGGCUGAAGAAGAAUACCUAAAAGAUGCCAUUCCUGAUGCUUUGAAAGGCAGCUUUUUUAGGCUGGACAGGAUUCACAUGAUGACAAAGUUGAGGCCAUAUGUGCACAAUUUUCUGAAAGAAGCCAGUGAGUUAUUUGAGAUGUAUAUAUAUACUAUGGGUGAACGCCCAUAUGCACUGGAAAUGGCAAAAUUGUUGGACCCUAGAGAUGUGUACUUCCAUUCGAAAGUGAUUGCACAAGGAGAUUCAACACAGAGACAUUUAAAAGGGCUUGAUAUUGUUUUAGGACAAGAAAGUUCUGUCCUAAUCCUUGAUGAUACUGAAGCAGUAUGGGGAAAGCACAAAGAGAAUCUAAUACUAGUGGAAAGAUAUCAUUUUUUUUCUUCAAGUGUUCGGCAAUUCGGCUUUGAUUGUAAAUCACUUUCACAACGUCAGAUUGAUGAAAGCGAAGAGGAAGGAGCACUUGUGGCCAUUCUUAAAAUUCUUAAACAGAUCCACAGUCUUUUCUUUGACCUGAAACAGGGAGAUGAUCUGCUAAAGUCUGAUGUGAGAGAGGUGCUAAAAGGAGUCCGGAAGGAAGUGCUGAAAGGUUGCAAAAUUGUUUUCAGCCGGGUCUUCCCAAAUAACAUCCAGGCAGAGAAGCAUCACCUUUGGAGAAUUGCUGAGCAGCUUGGAGCUACAUGCUCAAUCGAAGUAGACGAAUCCGUGACACACGUGGUCUCAAUGGAUGCUGGGACUGAAAAGUCACGCUGGGCACGGCAGAACAAAAAGUUCCUAGUCCAUCCAAAGUGGAUCGAAGCUGCCAAUUACCGGUUUGAAAGGAAACCUGAGAAGGAUUUUCCAGUAGUAGUUCCUGAAGUGGCAAGUAGUUAAUCACUUCUAUACUGGGUUAGAUGCAUGCUUACUAUGUUAUGUGCAUUACGCUCCGCAACUAAUAGCUACUUCCGGUCAGAUCUUGAGCUUGAAAAAGCUCGAGGUUUUAUUUGUAUCAAUUAGUGCCUUUUGAACACACAAAAAAAAAAUCAUAAACAACACCACAUCCGCUGAUCCGCAUCCCAAGUUUCUGCCACCACCGCUACCCGGGAGAGCACUGUUGCAUCUCCUCAAAAAAAAAAAAAAAUUGCUGGUCACUACCGAGAAAAAAGUCGUCGUCUCAAAUCGUUGUCUUGGGCGAAUUGAAUCUAGCUGGACGAAUUGCAGUUCACCGCUUCAGUAGAAGAGGAAUAGUAGCCCGGAAGGGGAAUUGAAGAGUUUAAAAGAAAUAUUGCAUUGCCGCUGGAACCCAACAACUUGCUCUCUUGAUUUGGAGCCACAGACUAAUCGCCGCCACAAAGAAUCUCUCCCGCUGGACGGAUCCAUGUUUUCCCGAUCACUUCCAUAUUUUUUCCGUCCAAAUUUGUGAAGAGCCGUCUAGAUCGCGCGGUACUCAGAGGAUAGAUGCAUCUACUCAAUCGUUGGUUCAAAUGCAACAAUAUGUUUGAUCUCGAAUUGAGACCAUACGGUUAGGUUACAGGUUUUG